CGCGCGUUGGCGGCGGCGGCACUCGCUUGUUCCGGCGCCGCGUGGUCAGCGCCGCGGCCCCGGCGGAAGCGGCGCAGGGCGGCCCGGGGGCUGCGGCGCGGAGCGGCCGCGCCAUGUGGUUCAUCUACGCGCUGAGCUGGCUGUCGCUGCUCAUCCAGGUGGCCUUCGUCACCCUGGCGAUCGCGGCGGGGCUGUACUACCUGGCGGAGCUCAUCGAGGAGUACACCGUGGUCACCAGGAGGGUCAUCAAGUACAUGAUCUGGUUCUCCACGGCGGUGCUCGUGGGCCUGUACCUCUUUGAACACUUCCCCGGCUUCAUGGUGGGCGUGGGCCUCUUCACCAACCUGGUGUACUUCGGCCUGCUGCAGACCUUCCCUUUCAUCAUGCUGACGUCUCCGAAUUUUAUACUGUCCUGCGUGCUGGUUAUAUUGAACCACUACUUAGCGUUCCAGUACUUUGCUGAAGAGUAUUACCUGUUCUCGGAGGUUCUUGCCUACUUCACGUUCUGCCUGUGGUUAAUUCCCUUUGCUUUUUUUGUGUCCUUAUCGGCCGGAGAGAACGUCCUGCCUUCCACGGUGCAGCCGGGAGAUGACGUGGUCUCCAAUUACUUCACUAAGGGAAAGAGGGGCAAGCGCUCUGGCAUCCUCCUCAUCUUCUCCUUCGUCAAGGAGGCCAUCCUGCCCAGCCGACAGAAGAUAUACUGAGCCCCGCAUGCAGGCGGUGUCGGCAGUGGUGACGGAGCGGGGCAGACCCAAGCUGUGCGGAGGGCUGCGUGACAGCGCUGUCCCCAAGCCUCACUGGAACCCUCCUCGAUGCCUCUUCAAGGGAUUUUGCGAGGAGUGUAUAAACUGUGCAACGGCUGGAGGUGCCAGCAGCGCUGGACCGAUGCGCGGGGAGGGCUCGUGCUUCUCUGCGCAGAGGCGGCAGGUUGCCUUUUUAUACAGCUCUGCCGAUCCCCUGGGACUGUUUGCAAGGAGGAUGUUUGGUUCCAGCUGGAUGCAAGGAGGAUCCAACCUCCUGGAGCUGUGCAUCCUGCUCAGAGACCUGUGAGGUGUUGGCAUCUGCUCUUAAUUUAAAGCCAGAAGUCUUUGUAUGAUGUAGUUUGGCUGUGGGAAAACAUUCCCGCAGUAUUCCAGCAGAACACGGUUGACAUUUAACUGAGGUUUACACAGAGCCAUUAAUUAAAAAAAGAAUAAAGUAACCAAACUCUUGAACUCCCACGUAUUCACGUCUGGAAGCCUGCCAGCGCUGGAGGAUGCUGGCGUCCCACCGCACUUGUUUUUCACAGCACACGUCCGCGAUGUGAACGCGAUGACGAGGGCCGGCUGGUACCUGGGUGCCGAAGCGCUGCUCAGCCUCGCGUCUCCCAAAGGUGGCCAGGCAGUUAAUCUCGCACUGCUCUCUGAUGCUGUAGGAAGGUGACUUGGAAGGACUCUAUAUCACUUUUUGGUUUUCUUUAAUAUUGGAUUUGCCCACUUUUGUCUUCUCUGGUUUUGCUGGAAGCCUCCCUUAAUGGCCUGGAAGCUGCUGCAGUGCUUGCUGUUUGAUUGAGGCACUGGGAAGCUCUGUUGCUCAGAGAAAAUUCUCCAUUUAACAUGGAUAGGUGUCAGGAGAGCAAGAAACUGAGCAGCAAUCACCUCGGUCUACCCUGGGUUUCAUUUGCGUGGCACUUGCAGUGCCACUAAACUCGCCAGACCUCCAUAAUUUCCAAAAGAGAAAAAGUAGAUGACCCUACUGAGAAGGAGGUGGGAAACCCUUUGCUCUUGUUCUUUUUCCUUCUCGUAAGAAAUCCUUUUUUUUCCUUCUUUUUGUGUUUCUUUAUUGGUCACCUUUAGUCUGUGCCAGAAGUAGCUCUCUCCACAUUAGCCAGGAGCCAAGGCUGUUUGUGGCAGUAAGUCCCCUGCUCCAGCAGCUCGGUUGUGGUCCCGAAAGGCUUUUUGAGGCGUCUGUGAGAAAACAGAUUGUUGCCUUCAGCCACAACUGACCACGGGAGAAAAAGGGGGGACACUCGAUCCCUUAACACAGCCUUCCUCUGUGCGCCAAGAUCUCCUCGUCCCUGGGCUUGUGUAGGGCCUCCACUAACACGCGUGUCCGUUCUCAUGCUGAGUUUAAUAGAAGUGUGAUUUCUGUGUGAGAGCCACUCUUCUGUUUAAUAAAGGCUGUAGGUGAAAUUUGCCUUAUUACCAAGAA